CUGGGUUCAGUGGUCGCUCUCUGGGUAGCACCGGGUGAGCCCUGUGAGUGCUCCCCGCUUGGGGCUCAUCCCCCAAGUUAGCUGCAGCCCUGCCUCCCGGGUGCUGUAUAGCCCCUUAGUGCCAGUCUCUGAAUGUUUCUGGUUUUUUGGAGAUGAGUUGCUCUGUUCUCUCCCCAUCGUAGCGGGUAGCAGCACACUGGUAGCUGUGCAGUGAUGUUCCUGUCUGCUGUGACAGCUGGGCUCCCGGUCAUCUUGAUAGUACUUUCGACCUCGGUAGCACGUGACGGGGAAGUCCUCGCUGAGUUUCCUGCCUUCGAUUCCUUUCCCAACUUGAUGUAGUUUAUUUUAGGAUCUUGUAGGAUGUAGGAGGAGUUUGAAUUUCCCCUCCUUCCAGUACUCCCUGUUUCAUUUAUCAGCCCUAACCUUUAUUUGUCAUUGCUCCUAACCUUGUCUGGGUUUCUCUGGAACACUUUGGUCCCAAUGGUCCUCCUCCUUUUAUGAGCACACAGAGCAACAGCAGACCUUGCUUGGAGUGUGUUUAUAUAGAAAGAGAAACGGCACUGUAUUUUGGAUAGCUUUCUCAUCAUACAGUCCAUUUUUGAAGGAGAGAGUGAAAACUCACCGGUAUGAGCAAUUACUCACGUUUUUAACUGCUUGAUGAGACCCUCACUAAAGAUGCAUGUGAUGCUCUGAAUAAUGGCAGCGUGGUUGACAUGGAGGUGUCUGUAUCUCAGAGCUGAAAUCCUUAGAGCUGUAGGGGGGUAUCUAGAACGGGACUGACUCAGCUUUCCAGCCUCAGUAAUGCGCUUUGAAAAAGAAAGACCUAAAAGAAGACCUUCAGGAGAAGGACUCCAGCUCCAUUUCUAGGCGUCAUGAGCCAACGUACAGAUUUGUGGGCCUACUGUCAAAUGUUCCAUUUUGAAAACGUUGGCUGUGUAUGCUCUCUCCAUUGUAUUUUGUAUGCCCUAGAUGAACAGUGCAGGGUUCUAUGAUUAAAGUAAAUGACUGACAUGAGUUCUUUUAUAUAAAAUUUUUUCUUACCCCUCUUUGUUUAUGGCAUUGAAUACAAGCUAGGUGACUUUCUGGCAUGCAUCAGUAAGCUAUAAUACAUAUAUUUUUGGGGUGUUUGAAUGUCAUUUAAAAUCUUUAUGGGAUUACAAAUUCCUGCUUGGGGAGGAACCUUGUAAUUUUCAAGUUGUUAUUGCAUAAAAUUAGCAAAUUGAAACUUAAUCUCUCAUUUUAUCUUUUAGAUCAACUCAUAUCUAGAAUGUUGCGAGUCUAUGAAGCACCUUAGCAAUCUCUUUCACUCUUCCUAGAAGGCCAGGUGUCACAGGAAAACUUCAUAUUUUUGUUAUUACAAGAAUUAAAUAGCAUCCAGAAAAGGUAGCGGAUUAUCGACCUUCUGCUGAGUGGAUGGCAACACCAUUAAAAAUGUUUCUUCCUUCCUGGAAACUCAGCAGAGAGUUAGUGUUCCCAGGCUGCUGGAUCUCUUCCAUUUUAAUGGAUGAUAUUUGAUAUGUGCCCUGUAAAUCCUGCCCUGGGAUUCUGUGACCGGUGGGGUGCCUGAUGCCUGUAAUCCCCAUUCCCCGGCGGGUCCGUUCUUUCCACGGCCCCCACACGACCUGCCUGCAUUCGGCCUGUGGCCCGGUAAGGACCACUCACUUGGUGCGCACCAAGUACAACAAUUUCGACAUCUAUCUCAAAUCCCGAUGGAUGUAUGGAUUCAUUCGUUUCCUGCUGUACUUCAGCUGCAGCCUGUUUACCUCCAUCCUCUGGGUGGCACUCUCUAUCUUGUUUUGCCUUCAGUACCUUGGCAUCCGGAUCUUUCUGCGUUUCCAGUACAAACUCUCCAUCAUCCUCCUCUUACUGGGGCGAAGGCGAGUAGACUUCAGCCUCAUGAAUGAACUGCUCAUCUAUGGAAUUCAUGUGACCAUGCUGCUAGUGGGGGGGCUGGGAUGGUGUUUCAUGGUAUUUGUGGAUAUGUAAAUAAAACAAGCGCAUGUGGGCUGAGAAGGUGA